AUGAAAAGAAAAAGGAAUAAAAAAAAUAAAAAAAAAAUAAAGUAUUUUGCCCUGCUUGGUAAGGAAAGAGAACGUUACAGAACAGCUUAUCGAAUAACUGGUCCGACCUUAGAACAGCAGAUUGUUCACCAUGUGGACCAGGAUGCUCCACGUGAAUAUAUUUUAGUAAAGGAACGAAAACCAAGAGCUGCUCCAGAGAUGAGGGAAAAACGUUCUGGUCGUCGUCGUGGUGUACGUCGGCGUAUGAUUAUUGAUAUUCAUUUAGAAGUCUUAGACGAAUGUCAAAAAGGGGACCUGCAUUCAACGAAGGAGGAUUAUUUCACCAUUAUCAUUCAAGAAUUUAUGGGAGGUGAGUUCAUAAAAGAAGAAAAGGUUCCAAGUUUAGAUUCCGGGUUUAGGGUUUAG